AACAGAAGGGAGCUGGAAAUGCAACUUGAUCAAAUCUGGGUUGGAGGCCAAAAAUUAUGGGUGAACACACCAAGAUAUGAUGAUGUGAAGAAAGAAGAAGGGGAGCGGAGGAAUUAUCAAGCUGUUGCCCCAAAAAUUCAAGACAGAAGUUAUGCAGAAGUGGUGCUGGGAUUACAGGAAAGAGGACCGAAAAAGGGGAGUGAUUUUCUGCUCAAUCAAGAGGUAGAAAGAAGGCCAACAAGCAGUAGAAUCAAAACCAAAACCGAACAUGGAAGCUUCGGAAAUAGGAGAGUUUGGAAGGAAAAAGGAAUAGGAAAAAGGUGGGAGGGAAUGGAGUAUAAUGCAAAACCAGAAGACUAUGAAUGGCUUAAAGGGUGUUAUGUAGGAACGGUUCAUUCCGUUGAGAUGGUUCGAAAUCUCCAGGAGAAAUUUUACAUGGAGGGGUAUUUUUCCUGUCAAAUUCGAGCAAUGGGGGGGAAGAUGGUCUUGUUAGAUUGUGAGGAGAAAGAAGAACUGAAGGAUCUUGUGGAAAUGGCCUCAGAUUGGCUAAGCCAAUGGUUUGAAGAUGUGAAUGGAAGCUGUCUCCAGGAAGAAGAUGAUGACGUGGUGGGUUGGCAAAGAAGGGGAAUGGAGAAACCUCGGGAACAUGCCACAUCGGGGAAGGGGAAACAGUGCAACACAAGGGAAGACAGCCUGGAGCACAUUCAAAAUUUGAAAGAGGUUGAGAUUAGAGUAGGGGCAGAGGAGGCGCGGCUGUUGCAAGGAGACGUUGCUUUGUCAGAAGCUUGGGCGUUGAGGAGGGAGAACAUCUGGGCCUUAGUAGAAAAGAACAGCUUGGACAUUGCAGAAGGGGACCCGUUCUGGAAAGGAUUUGAAGCAGAACAAAGAGGCAUAGAAGAAUGGAUCAAGAAGCAAAGAGAAGAGGGCUCAACGAAGAAGAAAAGGAGAAUCAAGAUGUGUAGAUCCGUGUAUGCUAAAUCAAGAGCAGUGGGUAUGGGUUCAAAAUCAAAGAAAGGGAGAAGAAAACAGUGCAAACAAGACGCAGAGGGGAGAACCGAGCCAAGUUUUCUACCUUGCUCAAAGGGGAAGAUUGCGGGCGACUCAGUAGGGGUAGUGGCCGAGGAUGAUAGGGAGAUCAUUCGAAGAAUUGAAGAGAUGGAGAGUAGAGACAGCCGAGACAAAGCAGAGAAGGCAACUCACGGUUCUGGGGAUGUGAGGAAGUGUUUAAUUUCGAGUAGAAAUGGGAAUUGGUGCCUCGCAAGAGAUUUUAAUGCUGUUGGAAGUAUAGAAGAAAGAGCAGGAUGUAAGGGGAUGUCUGUAGAGAUGGAAGAAUUUGAUGAUUUUAUUCACAAUGCUGGGCUGAUUGAUUUACCACUGGUGGGUCGAAAGUAUACGUGGUAUAACUCUAAUGGACAAUACAUGAGUAGAAUUGAUAGAUUCUUGAUUUCGGAAGAGCACCCAGAAUGUAAGGAGAUUAUCAGAACAACAUGGAAUUCAAGUGAAAUAAAUGGAGGGAAGGGAUAUAAGCUUAAGGAGAAACUGAAAAUGACCAAGAAAGCACUAAAGGACUGGAGCAGCAAAUCAAUGGCAGAUGUGGAUAGAAAAAUCAGUGAAUCUGAAAAGAUGAUAGCGGAAAUAGAUGAACAAGGAGAGAAGAACACAUUGUCUGCUACUAACAUUGAAAAAAGAAGAAAUUGCUUUUUAGAUCUAUGGAAGCACUUGAGAAUCAAGGAGAGAAUGUGGCAGCAAAAGUCAAGAAUGGCGUGGCUGAAAGAAGGGGAUGCGAAGACAAAGUUCUUCCAUAGGUGUGUGAAGGGAAGAAGCAGAAGAAAUGAAAUCAACUACAUCCAGAUAAAGGGCGUACAACACACUGGGCUAGUUGAUGGAGUUGUGAUAGCGAACGAGGUCAUUGAUGAGGCCAAGAGAAAGAAGAAGAAAAGCUUUCUGUUCAAAGUGGACUUUGAGAAAGCUUAUGACAAUAAGUUUUUUAUGGGGGGUGGGGGUGAGGAGAGAAAAAUAAAGUGGGUCAACUGGGAUAAGGUGUGUAAAAAAAAGGAGGAAGGCGGGUUGGGUGUGAGGGAGUUGAGGAAGUUUAACCUGGCGUUGUUGGGUAAAUGGUGGGGACGUUUUGCUGAAAAAAUGGAGGGGUUGUGGAAGCGAGUAAUUAUAGGGAAGUAUGGAGAGAGAGGGGGACAUUGGCUGGACUGGAUUAAAGAAAAAGAAGGACUAGGCUCUACAUGGUGGAGGGAUGUAUGCUGCAUUGAUAAAAUUGAUAGGGAGAGAGUAGGAUGGCUGUUGGAAGGUUUUAGAAUAAAGCUUGAGGAUGGUAAGAGGGUGAGCUUUUGGUGGGAUAACUGGUGCGGGGUGGGCUAUCUUGCUAAUAAAUACCCUAGACUGUAUUUGUUAUCUACAGGAAAGGACAACAAGUGCUACCAAAUGGGAAAUGACGGAAAUGAACAAUGGAGUUGGAACCUCCAAUGGAGAAGAAAGCUAUUUGAAUGGGAGACUGAAGAGGCAAAGGAGCUCCAACAAUUGAUAGAAGACAAGAGGAUCACGCAAGGAAGGCCUGACUCGUGGGAAUGGGUCCAUGACAAGGAUGGACAAUACUCCACUAAGACAGCAUACUCAAUCUUAACAAAAGAUCAGAUAGAAACAAAUGAGAUCUCGACAUUCAAAAGAAUAUGGAAUCCCAAAUUUCCAAGGAUUCUUGGAGAAUCAGAAGAUGGCAAAUGCGUCUUUUGCAAAGUGGAAGAUGAGGACUCCAAACACCUAUUUCUGAAAUGCAAAAUAACCAGUUGGGUGUGGCAAGAAUGCGCUAAAUGGUGGGGAAUAGAGAUUCGGUUGGAAAGGGAUUGCUGGAAUUCGUUUCAAAUGUUUGGGAAAUGGAGCAAAGAUCCAAAGGUGCCACCAAAGAGAAGGAUUAGAGAGCUUGAAAUAAAGAAUGGAGAGCGAGAGUGGAGAAGAAGAAAAGUUAAGAGAAAGUGAAACUGAUUGGAAAUUAAAGUUUGAAUAUUUUA